AUGAAGCUCGAUUCUUCUUUAAUCUACGCGGCAAGCCUCUACGCUUUUGCUGGCCAUGGCGUGGAGGGUGCCAUUACACUUGAUAUCACAUCUCCAGACUCGAUCAAAACCGCAGCAAGUAACAUAGCAUACGAUCUCAUGUCGUAUUACACUGGAAACAAUACAGGAGAUGUGGCAGGAAAUUUACCAGCGCCAUAUUAUUGGUGGGAGGCGGGCGCUAUGUUCGGAACCAUGAUUAAUUAUUGGUACUACACGAACGAUACAACCUACAACGAUAUUGUUGAACAAGCACUACUACAUCAAGCCGGAGAAGAUGAUGACUUUAUGCCUCAAAAUCAAACAAAAACAGAAGGAAACGACGAUCAAGGAUUCUGGGGAAUGGCAGCGAUGACAGCGGCAGAAACCAAAUUUCAAGAUCCUCCAGAUCCAAGCCCGGGAUGGCUAGCACUUGCACAGGGAGUCUUCAACACUCAAAUCGCACGAUGGGAUAAUUCGACAUGUAAUGGUGGAUUUCGAUGGCAAAUUUUUACUUUCAACAACGGUUACAACUAUAAGAACAGUAUUUCAAACGGAUGCGUUUUUAAUUUGGCAGCGCGACUCGCUUUAUAUACCGGAGAAAGCAUUUAUGCAGAUUGGGCGGAGAAAAUCUUUGAUUGGGUGUACGGAGUAGGCCUCAUUUCUCCAGAGUACGAUGUAUAUGAUGGAACUCAAAAUUCCGACAACUGCACAGAUAAAGAUCACAAUCGUUGGACCUACAAUACUGGCAUUUACCUGCUUGGAAGUGCUGCCAUGUACAAUCAUACAAACGGCAGCGCCAUCUGGAAAGAGCGUGUCACCGGCCUUCUGAACUCAUCAGCAGACUUUUUCCAAAAUGGAAUUAUGGUCGAAGCGUGCGAGAGUGGUACUUGCAAUAACGAUCAACAAUCAUUUAAAUGUUAUUUUGGACGGUGGUUAGCUGCAACCACUAAGAUCGCGCCUUUUACUUAUGAUAUCAUCAUGCCUUUACUAUCUACAACCGCAACAGCAGCAGUAAAAACCUGUACGGCUGGAAAACGAGGCAAUUCGUGUGGCUUAAAGUGGACCACGGGAGAACACGAUGGGAUUACUGGCGUAGGAGAACAAAUGUCAGCAUUAGAAGCCGUCCAAGGUCUAUUAAUACCCCAAACCAGAGACUGGGUUAGUGAGGUAGCAGGAACCGGUACCAGCGAAGGUGAUGCAGAUGCAGGAUCAGAUUCGAGAGUGAGUACUGAUGGAAGCGAAAUUACACCCGUCACCACCGCCGACAAAUUUGGAGCUACGAUAUUUACCAUGUUGAUUGUUGCGGGUGUCAUUGGUGGAAGCGCAUUUUUGUGUGUCGAAUGGUUUUGA